UAUGCUAGCUGCUUCCUACAUAUUGCACCUAUUCGAUCUCUCUUUCUCAAUUCUUAUCAAUUAACAGUUUCCUCUAUUAUUUCUUUCGGUUACAUAUAGUACUCUUGCUGAAGAUCAGAGAUUCUAGCUAGGAUCAUGGGGGACUCUUCUGCUUCAUACAUACACAUGGUGCAGCACCUGAUAGAGAAAUGUCUGAUCUUCCAUAUGAGUAAAGAAGAGUGCAUGGAAGCCCUUUCAAAACAUGCAAACAUCAAACCUGUCAUCACCUCCACAGUGUGGAAUGAACUGGAGAAAGAAAACAAGGAAUUCUUUGAGGCCUAUGCUCAAUCUCAGAGCAAAGCAGACCGAAUGUCGGAGGAAGAGACAAGCCAAAUGAUCCAGAAGAUGAUUUCGGAUUCGUCCUCCAAAGAUUCAGACGAAUAGCAUGCAAUUUAUAUGAAAACGAUCUUAUACCUUUGUGUUCGAUCUGGUUGGUAGAAACCUAGCUAGCUAGCUGGUUUGAGUACCUUAAAAUAUAAUUCUUUACAAAGAGUCAAACACAGAGGUAUUUAGAUGAGUCAGGUGCCAGUAUCGUGGUCCCCAACCUCUCCCCCAUGCAUAUAAUAUCAAAUUAUACGGAAGAUCACGGAAUAUUUGCUACUCCUCCCAAAUAAAUCGCAUGCUGUAACCAGUCAGAAGAGGCCACGUUACUGUAUUAAUUAAUUAUCUACUGUCCAUAUGUGUAAACCAAUCGGAGCAAUUAAUGUGAUUUAAUUAACUAGUUAACUGAA